GUCUUGGCGCCUUCUUUUCUCGUCGCUUCCCAGAGACUGUUAAAGAAAGAACCACUUCUUCCUGCCUCCCAGGCUGCCCAGCGGCGCCGGUUGCCGGGGAACGCUAGCGCCUUGGGAAGGGAUGGCGGGAGGCUACAGCUUAGGUGCUGGAGCCGUAGUUGAGUUGGUGAAAAGCUCGGCAUCGUCAUGAAGCAACGGAAAGCUCAGGGGCCUGGGGGAGGCCGUAGCCGCAAGAAGAGAGGUUUAAGUGAUAUUUCUCCAUCUACAAGCUUGCCGCCCUUGGUUGAAGGCCAGCUACGCUGCUUUCUGAAACUUUCUGUUAAUAAAGUCAUAUGGAAGAUUGCAAAGCCUCCUGCUUGUGUGCUUGUCCGGGUGAGAUGGUGGGGAGAAACAUCAGAAGGAACCCUCUUUUGUCCCAGAGAUGCAUUGCAGACUGAACCAAAAGCUGUGAGAACAACUACACGUUAUGCUAUUCGCUGUGGUCCAAAGCAGUUUACCUCUUAUCUAACAGAUAUGGCUGUGCUGGUGCUGGAAGUAAUCACCAAACUUGAACAUCUUCCAGUUGGUAGAGUUCAGAUCAGUGGACUAGCCCAGCUUUCUCCAACCCAUCACAUCGAUGGAUUUUUUACCAUUGUUUCACCAACAUCUAAGAAACUUGGAGAACUCCAGGUCUCACUUGCUCUGGAGCCUUUGUCAGAAACUUAUGACAGCUACAAUCCUCUUCCUACCACUAACAUGACAGAAAAUGUGCUUUUAUCUGAGCAGGGAUUCAGAGAAUAUUCUGAAGCAAGCAAUACUCAAUUUCUGGUUCCAUCAAGGCUUCAUAGGAUCCCUACUACCAAAAUUGAUGGAAAAGAUUUAGCAGCUAAUAGCAGUAGGUCAACCCCGCCAAGGGGGAAAGAUCACUUGUACUUUGCAGAGAACUCGGAUACAAUAAAAGACUCUUUCGGUGGACUCCAGCACCAUCUUAAUUCAGGACAGAGUUUAGAGUCUGUGACUCUGAAAGGCAAAGCCCCACGGAAGCAGAUGUCCCUUCUCAACAGUUCUGAAUUCCAGCCUCAAAUUAGCACAGUUGCCAAGAGUCACAGUGACUCAUGCAUUCUUUCUUCAAACAACCCCCCUACCAAGGACCUUCUUUCAGCUCUGUUAGAACAAGGCAAUAAACUGCGUAAUGCCAUGGUGAUUUCUGCAAUGAAAUCAAGUCCAGAUACUAGCAUGUUGUUGGAAGAAGUUCAUCCUUCUAUGAAGGAAGAUUUUCUUAGAGCAUCAUCAGAAAUCAAAGCCUUAUCUAGGAAUCCAGUUAAAGACCACAUUGAAGAUCACCUCCUCCCUCCAACAGAGAAUACACUUUGGAAACAUGACUCAAAGGCUGAUACUGGAGCCAUACAGCUGCUGUUGGGCAGUGCUGAAUUGUCCCAAGGUCGCUAUUGGGAUGGCCUAGGCUCUCCUCCAGAUUCUCCAUCUCCUGGCAGUGAUGUGUAUUGCAGCAGUGAGCCCAGUGACCCUCAGUAUGACCAGAGUCUCCUGGAGAACUUAUUUUAUACGGCACCUAAAUCUGAUACCAGCGUCAGUGAUAUCUUCAGUGAAGAUGAUGAUGUCCCUUCUAAAACAAUGAGCCAGUCAAAAGCUCUUGCCAGAUCUCCUAAGGGUCUAGAGUCAAAUGAUCAUAAGUCGAAGAAGGAGAUGGGUAAGAAAAAUAGAAAUCUUGUUGAACAGCAGAUGCUAUCAGAAACUCCAGAAGAUGCCCAAGUGAUGACACUAAGUGUGGAUAAACUGGCCCUUCUGGGUAGAACACAUUCAGUCAGAAUCAUCAUCGAAACAAUGGGAGUUCCUCCAGAUAGUCCUCAGGAUACCUCUGGCAAAAAAACUUUUCCUGGGAGACCACCUAAGCUGACGUCAAAAAAGCGCACCUUCUUUGUGGAAUAUCACUUUCCUGUGGGUUUUUCCAAAAAUGGAUUGACAAAGACCACUUUGAUUACUGAGGUGGUUCGACUUGCAUCCAGUAAAAUUAUAGAUGGAGUGGUGAAAUUCCAGCAAAGAUCUGUGUUUCCAGUACAGUUUGGUGGCCCAAUGAUCAAACACUGGUGGAAUUCCAAUCUCACUUUCCAAAUUUACACAAAGAAAACCCCACAGAAAAAGCCGGAAGUCAUUGGUUCCGCAUCACUUCCUUUACGAGCUGUCAUGCUGUCUGAGCUGCUUUGUUUCAGUGACCAGCUUCCAGUACAACAGGAGAAAGGUCAGACUCCUCUUGGCCCCAUCAGGGUAACUGUGGAGCUUGUUUUAGAUAACAAGGAUUUCACUGGUGUCAAUACAAAGUUGAGUAGCAACACCCAACAUACCCCACUUAGUGCUCUUACAAAUCCAGAUAAGACACUGCCAGAAACUAUUCAAGAUGUUACUUGUACCAAAAACCCACAGAUCCUAAAUCAAAGUCAUGAAGAAACUGUAAAGAAAAUGCAAAAUUUGAUGCCCCCCACCCCAAAGUCACCUAGCCCUUACAUACCAAAUUAUUCAACCUUCAUGGCAGCACCAGCCUCUCAUGAUUUGGUAAAUGAGAUGAAUGGGUCAACAGAAGAGAGUGCUUUGCUAUUGCAUGUGCUAUUGAUGGUGCCAGAUGGAAAAGAUUUCAUUACUGGAGAAUCUGAGAAACAACCAUCAAGUAAUGUUUAUUUAAAUUGCAAACUCUUCAGCACAGAAGAAAUCACCAGAUCUGUCAUUGCAUGGGGCACAACAAAACCAGUCUUUAACUUUUCUCAGGUGAUUCCUGUCUCUCUGUCUUCCAAAUGUCUGGAAAGGCUUAAGAACAAUGUGAUGAUAAUUGAAACUUGGAACAAGGUGCGGAGCCCAGGACAGGACAAGCUUCUCGGGCUGGUGAAACUCCCCCUCCAUCAGUUUUACAUGUCAUUCAAAGAUCCCAAGGUUUCUCGCCUGCUGCUUGAUGCUCGGUAUCCAGUUGUUGCUGUCGACAGCUACAUGCCUGUGAUUGACGUGUUCUCAGGCCACCAAAAUGGGAGUCUUCGAGUCUUUUUAGCUAUGGGCUCUUCAGAUCAGAUAAUAGCACUACAAAGAUUAAAGAAUGAAGAAGGAACAGUUACUCCCUUCAGCCCCAGGCCAGCCCAUUUCCUGGACCAGCCGUCUGUAGCAUCUGUUGCUAUGGCAGGGGACCAUGGAAAUGGAUUGAUGGAGCACCACUUUGAACUCCUUGUAGACAAGGUUAAAGGGCUCACCCCUCUUCAGGCCACAGUCUGGGGAGAAGCAGAUUGUUAUGUCCAGUACUACUUUCCAGUUCAAGACUCACAGUCCAAUGUGCUGAAAGGACCUGAGUUCCUUGAAAAUGGAAUCACCCUGAGGCCUUUCAGAUCUGCAACCACACUCUGUGUUCCAGACCCCGUCUUUAACAGUGAACACCGUCACUCUCUCCUGUUGCCAGCUGAAGUUCCAGUGCAAAGGCUCCUGCUCAGUGCCUUCUCUGCACAUGGGCUUGUCCCUGGAGGUGGAGUUCAGUUUGAAAUCUGGUGCAGAUACUAUUAUCCUAAUGUGAGAGACCAGAUGGUUGCCAAAGGAACCUUGCCAUUAUCGAGGAUCUGUGCCUUGGUAACCAUGCAGCACCGUGAGGAUGGGGGCAUACAGACCUUUAAUCUCCCUUUAACCCCCAGGUUUGAGAAUAGGAAAGAACUGAGAAACCAAUCAUCAGGUUUACUGGAUGUGGGCCUAAGGUACAGGCGUACUCCAAGGACAGCAGAGGGAGUUCUCGCUGCCCGAACUGUCUCCAUCUCAGUCCAGAUAAUCAGAGCCUGUGGUUUGCAAGCAGCAGCCAAGGCUUUGGCUGAGCAGGAACCUGCUCUGCAGUUUAGUGCCACAGUCGGGGUCAAUGCCUUUGUCACCACUCACCUGUCCUUCCUGCCCAAGGGAGAACAGCGCCAAACCCGGCCUGUGGCCUGUUCCUUCUGCCCCGAGUUCUCCCAUCACAGUGAGUUCUCAUGUAACUUGGUGACCCAGCACUGCAGUGGAGAAGCCUGUUUCCUGGCAGAGCUGUUAGAGUUUGCAGAAGUUACUUUUGCUGUUUAUCAUGAAGAUACCAGAUCAGCCAGUGAUAUAACCAGUAUCCAUUCAUUCAAAGAUUAUCUGCUUGGAGUAGUAAAGAUUCCAACAAAAGAUCUGCUGAUCAAGAGAUCUGGGAUCACAGGAUGGUAUCCUAUCAUUUUCCCAGAAGAGGGGGUCCUGCCUCAUGGCUUGGAACUCAUGCAGAAGAUUGUGGGUGGUCUGGAGCUUUCGGUUUCCUUCACCCAUCCUGGAGACAGAGAGCGGGUAUUGGAAGCUGCUGAGCUAUUGGGCUGGAGCUUUGAGAAUAAUCUGAAGGAUUCUGUCAAGAUGGAUGAAGAGGAGCCAGCCACUGUCACCAUCUCCACCCCAAGGCUCUGGCUGCCCAUCCAUUGCGUGCUGCUUGCCGGCCACAACCACAUUCAUAAGAAUACAUAUUGCUACCUCCGCUACAAGCUGUAUGAUCAGGAAGGCUUUUGGACCCCUCUCAAGAAGCCUAAGGAAUCUACAAACAAAAAGCAGGUCAUGGUUACUUUCAAGGCAUCCAAAAGAGCAGAAGUCACUCGGAACCCAUCACUGCUUUGGUACUUCAGAGAGGAGAGGUUAGAGAUCCAAGUGUGGCGGGCUUAUGGCAAUGAGAGUGUGGAGAGGCCCCACCAGACAGACAGCUGGAUUGGCUCAGCCUAUGUGGACUUGACCAGACUUGGGGAGAGGCCAGCAAGGACGCUCACUGUCAGUGGUGUUUAUCCCCUAUUUGGACGAAACGCUUCCAACCUCUCGGGAGCUGCCUUGAGAGUUCAUGCGGUUCUUUCCUCUCUUUCUUCACACCCUGGGCCCACUCAUGAGCUGGACUCCAUGGACUGCAGCAGCCACAGUGAGUCUGAGCAGGUCCCCAGAGGAAUUGAUGAGAUCCAGCUCUCUCCACCACAUGGCCACCAGAAGUCUCCAGCCUCCACCCAGGUCCCCUGCAACACCACCACUGCUGAAGUCUGCCCAGCCCAGGAGGGCCCUCCUGAGUCAGAUGGAACUUUCACAGUCAGCAUUCUGGUAGAGAGAGCAAUGCACUUAAGCUUGAAAGGGAGCCCCUUGACACAGCGGAAAGUAUCAAUACCCAGUUGUUGUGUAUCCUUUGUAACAGCUGAUGAGCCAUCUCCUAUCUACACCCAAGUGGUUGAAAACACAGAUUCCCCCAUCUGGAAUUUUCAACAGCAGUCAAGGCUUUCGAAAGAGCUUCUUUUGGACCCACAACAAACUCUGGUCUUCAAAGUUUGGCAUAAAGGAGAUGAGGAGAGGGUGAUUGGCUUUGCCUCUGUGGACCUUUCCCCACUUCUCUCUGGCUUCCAGUUUGUCUGUGGCUGGUACAACAUCACAGACUUCAGUGGAGAGUGCCAAGGGCAGAUAAAAGUUGCUAUCUCCCCUUUGGAGAGUUUGAUUCAUUUCAAAGAAGAAAGGCAAGCAAGACGUGUGGUGGGGAACCCAGGAUCACUGACCCCGGUGUACAGUACCUUCUCCUUCCCUGCCUCUGCUGUGUACACUGCAUUCCCUGGCUGCACUGCGGGACAGACCCCAGAACUGCCUGCUCACCCCUCAUCAAAGGACGUUGAUUUCUCCUCUCCUGGGAGAAGUGGUACCACAAGAAGCCAGGCAUCACGCCAUGAAGAGCAUGUGCAGAACAUCCGCCGAUUCCAUGAAUCCCUGCAGCAGGCAGAGGCAGUCUUGCUAAAUGACGACAGACUGACCACCUCACCCUUGUCCUCCCGUACCUCCAUUCUGACUUCUCUCAGGAGGAAUCUGAGUGAGCUAGAUCAGAUGCAGCGGUACUUCAGCCAGAAGCUCACCAAGCCUUUACUCCCCCUCAGCCCUCAGACCCACACUGCCAUCUUGCAGUGCCAGGAGAGUCAGACGGACCGUCUUCGGCCAGCAGCCAGCAGCCUAGACCCUGAGAGCCAGUGCAUCCUGGAGAAAUCCAAUAACCUGGUGUUGCAAGUCAGCUCCUUAAUCACGGAUCUGCAGACUCUCACCAGGAAUUCUCCAGGAUCUGUGAGUUCUCACCAAGCCAGGAGUAGAAGCAGAGAAGUCCCCACCCUCCCAGACGCUCAGGACAGAGGAACCAUGCAAGAACGGAGCACAAGUCCAGACCUGCCAUUGGCAAGAGCUCCAGAUGAGGACAGGAACUCCCCACCUCCCUCUGCUCUUAAGGAGACUUCAAGUGGAAGAGGAAAGCUUCCUGAGGCCCUGGAGCACACGGAACCCAUCACAAAAGUGCAGAGCACUGAGGACACCGAGGCAGGCCCGGCCUUCAGUGAUGAGGACUAUGAGGAAGACGUCAUUGAGCCCAGGACCCUCAAUGAGAUCACCACUGUGACAGACAAAACUAGCCCGUGGUCCAGUUUCAUGUCAGAUGCAAGUGACGGCAUGAGCCCUCAGCCUGAUGAAGUCCACAGGGAAGGCUUCUCUUGUCCUUCAGAGUCUUUCCCCAGAGAGGAGCUCAGGGUCAGAAGUAGCUUUCUGUCCAGCCCAGAAAGGACUGUCAGUGCCUACUUGCAUAGGCAAGGUUCUCCAAGCCAAAGUACUUUGUCUUGUGAGGGUGUGGCCUCUAAGGCCAGGGUUGGAGAGCCUGCCUCAGCAGACCCACAGCUCACCUCCCACAUGAGACUCUCAGGAGCCCAGCAGAGUGACACUUGUGUUGGAUGGCGCUCACCAAAGGCAGACCAGGACCAGGGCCCCAAGCCACAGUCCCAGGCUAAGAAGGAAGUGGCCUAUGAUGAGCUAAGUGAUUCUGCUGAUAGCUCCGAGAAAUUCCCUCUGCAGCCAGCAUCUGAAAGCAGAAGGGAAAACCAUAAGGAGCCACCCAUCACUUGCCCUGACAUCAGGCAGAAGCAGACAACCUCUGGGUCAGAGGUGUCCACAAGUCAGAGCCUCCUCCUCCCAGAGCCCGUUGUGGUCCCCAACUUCUUUCUACCUCCCCAGCAGUUGGAGGCCUCCCUGCGGAUGCUCUCUGUCUCCGCAGCUCUGCCACCGCCAGCCACAACAGAUCAGAACCGGUGAUGGCUCAAGCUGGAGGGGAGACAGAUGCUGACGUACCCCACAACCACAGAGAUGACGCUUGGAGCCUGGGAGCUUGCCCAGCCCCUCCAACGUUGUAUGUCCUGGGGUAGCAGCCCUGAUGAAGAAGGAAACUUUACUGUUAGGACAAUUUUAGACCCUUUGGAGGUCAACAUAAGCCAAAUGCUGCUGACCUUCCACAGCUCUGCCCAGCCCAGGACACAGAGCCAAGCCCCGCCCUGUCCGUCCCUGGGUCUGGGCCUUGCAGAUAAGCGCCCCCGCCCCUGCAGGUUGCUGGGCCCGGGUGUGGGUAUGGGAAGUUGCCUGUGGCUGGCUCACAGAUGUGGGCCCAGCUAGCACGUAUAGGCCCCGCUCGUGCUGCUCCCUCCAGUGGCAUGACCUCACCCCACCCCAUCUGUGCUGAAACCCUGUGUGUCUCGGAUACCACGUCUGUGUGAAGCUGCCCUGUCCUUCCCACUGUCAUGAAUUUCUCUCUGUGCUCCCAGGCUCUGAGCUUCAUCUCUGUGGUUGUGGGGUACGUCAGCAUCUGACUCCCCUCCAGUUUGAGCCAUCACUGGUUCUGGAAUGAAUGAAUGAAUGAAUGAGAUAUUUGUCGCAAGAGGCAGUCUCCUCCCCAGUUAACUGAAGCUUUUGGUCACCAUGGCUUGACGCAUUCACUGGUCUGGCAGCUCUCAAGCUCCCAUCUCAGGCCUGUCCCAGUGGGAGGGACAGCAUCAGACUCCGGCCAUGCCCUGCAGGAGCACUCAGUCUGGAGGGAGAGGGCCUCAGGCAGUGGCUGAGUAGCUGGCCUCCCUGUCCUGAGGCAUUAGAGGGUGCAGGUACCAUCAGCACAGGAUGGGUUUCCUUCUUCCCCUUUUAGCCUCGGCCUGUCUGGGAGAUUGGGAGCAGUACACUCUCACCUCUGCUGAGCAUGCCCCGCCCCGCGCUCCGUUCUGCUCUCAGUUCUCCAGCAGAGAACCUACCUGUGGCCUCUCGGUGCUGAGAGCUUGUCAGGGUGUAUGCCCUCCCUUGGCAUUUAGAAUCCCAGAUUGGUGGAGACCCUCAGGGUUGCCUGACUUCCAUUCCCCCUAUCAUCUCCAGGCUGCUAUUUUAAUUCUUGGAAUAGUUCUCUGUCUUGCCAGCUCAACUCUGAGCUGUGGAGGUCAAGAACAGUUGGUCUCUCUCUUCCUCUCACCGUAGACAAGGUGGUGAAAUGAAGGAAAGAAGGGCUCACUCAGUAUUACUGAUCCCAGAAGCAACUGGAGCUGGGCCUCAGUUUCCCAUUAGCAGAACUACUAAGGAGUAGGGAAGUAGUCUCCACCUCUAGGAUCUCCACCAAGCUGGUUCUUGGUGCCUAGGGAGUGGUACAGUGUGCUUCCAGCAUGUGGGGACAGGGAGGAGAUACCCAUCCACGGGACAGACUGCACACUGUGAAGUCAGCCAAGUUCACCUGCCUCUUCCUCUGCCAGGCCUCCACCUCCGCCCGAGGGCCUUGCUCUCCGCCACCAGCCUGGGGUGGCUUUCUUAUAUCCUUCAAGCUCCUUCAGGGCAGGAACCCAGCACAGAAAUAAAGGAUUGAUUAAACAAAUGGAUGAGGCAUAAAAGAAUCCAAAGAACCAUGAUGCCAUAACCCAAAAGCACUCACCUUAAAGGAGGAAUUAAUGGGACUUCCCUGGUGAUCCAGUGGCUAAGACUGUGCUCCAGUGCAGGGGGCCCAGGUUCGAUCCCUGGUCGGGGAACUAGAUCCCACAUGCUGCAACUAAAAAAAAAAAAAAAAUCCUGCAUGCUGCAACAAAGCAGACUGAAGAUCCACAUGCCCCAACUAAGACCCAGCGUAGCUGAAUAAAUAAAUAAAUAUUAAAGGUGAGGGGAUUAGUGAUAGCCAUCAGCCCAAGACAGGGAAAUGUUUGGUAGCAGGGCUGUGGGUAUGUGCUUCAUGGCACCUGGCAGGUCACACACAGGACACCCACAUUUCAGAGGAUGAAUGACUUGUCUAGACUCAUGCAGCGAGAGACAACCCCUCCUCCUCCAGAGGCACAGAGGAGUCUGAGCAGCAGUGAACAUCUUAGCUCUGCUACUCUGGGGGGGUGUGUGUAUCCUGAGUUUAGUUCACCUGAACUGUCAUUUCCUCAUCCAUCCAUGCACCACAUACCAGCCUGCAGAGUCGAGGUGAGGGUUAAACACACGCAGGUGUGUGAGUGCCUUGUCAGUCAGUCAGCUCUGUACCAGCAUCAGCCGAAGGAGCAAGAGACGAGGGGAGUCAGAGUUGUGCUGUGUGCGCAGUGCUCACCCCGCUGACCUCUUCCUCUCCAGGACAGGAGCACGGCCACCAGAGGGUCCCUGUCCCAAAGGCCUUGUCGCCCCAGACCCAGCUCGCUGCCACCCACCCUGCCUGAGGAAGAAACUCGCAGGAUUGCACGGAUAUUUUCUUCCCAAUUCUCCCAGAAGGACUAAGACAGCCCAAAAGACUGAGGGAAGGAUGACCCGCCCACUCAUCCUCAGCCUUGUCCCGCUUCCUUCAGGGCUGUGAGAGCCCUGAGACCACCACCAGCCUAGUUCCUGGACACCAGUCAUCCCAGACUAGAGGAGCAUCCCAAACCGGGGCUGUGUCCACCUGCCAGGACUUCCGCUUCCUCCAAUGGUGAGACAAAGGCAGGACACAGUGGAUUCCAGUGCCCAGGUGGCCCACCAUCUUUUGACCAGGGGACCCAAGUAGGCAUCCUUCAGCUGGGAAACUCCUCCCAGUGUCCUCAACAGAGCCUGCUGCUGACACGAGCCUACCCUCUGCCUGAAUAUGAUGGGCCCUUUUGCCUUAAGGGUUGGGGAAGGUGGGUGGAGAGUUUGGGCAUCGGGCAUAGCCAGGGAAAUCCUAGGACCACUUCCAGUUUAUUUGCUUGGGAAUAAGGGUAUUUUAUAGGUAAAAUUUUUAUGCUAUGUUGAAUUAAUCAGUAGGAAAGGAGGGGGAAAUUACCUCCUUCAAACUUUUUAUCUGAUUGUCUGAAAUUCUAACCAUGCUUUUAACUUAUUGUUUUUACCCAGCUCUGAAGGUCAUUGUUCCUGCCUGUGUUUGAAUAAAAUAAUACUGGUA